CCGGAACUGAACUCUCUUUUUCCGGCGGCUGAAGAAAAGCCAUCAUGAGCAGCAAAGUUUCUCGUGACACUCUGUAUGAAGCAGUACGAGAGGUCCUUCAGGGAAGUCAGGCAAAACCACGCAAGUUCUUGGAAACUGUGGAGCUGCAGAUCAGUCUGAAAAACUAUGAUCCACAGAAGGACAAGCGUUUUUCUGGCACUGUCAGGCUCAAGUCUGCUCCCCGGCCUAAAUUCUCAAUCUGUUUGCUGGGGGACCAGCAGCACUGUGAUGAAGCCAAAGCAGUGGAUAUCCCUCACAUGGACAUAGAGGCUCUGAAGAAACUCAAUAAGAACAAGAAACUAGUGAAGAAACUGGCAAAGAAGUAUGAUGCUUUCCUGGCCUCAGAGUCCCUGAUUAAGCAGAUUCCUCGAAUCCUAGGACCGGGUCUGAACAAAGCUGGCAAGUUUCCUUCUCUUCUCACUCAUAAUGAGAACAUGGUGGCCAAAGUUGAUGAGGUCAAGUCCACUAUCAAGUUUCAAAUGAAGAAGGUGCUAUGCCUGGCUGUAGCUGUUGGUCAUGCAAAAAUGGCAGAAGAUGAAUUAGUGUACAACAUUCACUUGGCUAUCAAUUUCCUUGUGUCAUUGCUGAAGAAAAACUGGCAAAAUGUACGUGCCUUGUAUAUCAAGAGCACCAUGGGGAAGCCCCAGAGACUUUACUAAUAAUAAAAUACUGAUUACUUGGUUUACAGA